AUGAGAGUGCAGAUUUGUGGAAUUUCAGGCCUUGUUCCGAGUGGAGCGUUUCCUUUGAUGCAAUGGGGAGGAAGAACCCACUUUGUGCUUGCAAUUUUUCGGAGACUUAAUGAGGUCCAGGAGUUACCUUCAAUUUUUAUCACUCUUCCAGAAUGGAGUACAAGUGAGGUUAUUAGAUAUUCACAUUAUGCUUUCAGUUGCUUGGGACAUUGUCCUUCUUGGAUCACCUAUCUUAGGUACACUGCAUUUAUUGUGCUGUAUCCUUUGGGAAUGGGUCCUGGUGAAAUGUGGGUUAUGUACCAGGUGCUUCCAAUUAUAAAGAAGAAGAAUCUCUACGCACAUUACUUUUCAGGCCUUCAAUUUAGUUAUUAUGAUUUCCUCAAGGUUGUACUUGUAGUUUAUCCAUUCCUCUGGUCCAAACUUUACCUGCAUUUGUUCAAGCAGCGGCGUAGAAAACUUUAUAAACACCAUGAGAAGAAAACUGCAUGAGGAGUAGUAAUCUUGGUUAUUGAUAUUUUAUUGAACUUGUAUUUUUGGUUCAAUACACUAAGAUAGUGUUUUGUUAAAAAUUCAGAUAAUAACUUUCUGUAUGCGGCACUGGGGAAACUCA